UGCUUCAUCAUGACUGUGUAGUGAGUGAUAGAAGUCAUAGCUAGUAGUAGCGGCAGUUGCGGCGGCAGUACUUCUUAGAUAGUUAUUUGUAGCUGAUAUUGACAAACAUCUUUAAGUACAAUACUAUAAGAUUAUAUAGUGCAUUUACGGGAAAUUAAAUCGUGAAAAAAGAACAGUAUCCACAGAUAUAAAGGCAGGAAAGGAAUCUUUUGGGGCAAGGACAAGAACCACAAUAAUAAUGGCGGAGGAAAAGAAACCUUUUUGCCGGCUUCCUACCGUCGUUCGUCCUUAUCACUAUGAGAUCUACCUUAAACCUGAUCUCAAGCAAUUUGUCUUUGAAGGCACAGAGAAUAUUUAUAUUGAUGUGCAUAAAGAAACCGAUACCAUUAUACUGAAUUCUUUGGAUAUUGAAAUUGAAAGCGUAACAUUUCAUUAUAAACCGGAGCAGUCCAUUGCUGUUACCAAGAUACAGUUGUCGAGUGAGGAAGAAACAGCUACACUACUUUUCCCUGAGAAAUUGACGUCGGAGAUGAAAGGAUACCUCAGACUCAAAUUUAAGGGCGAGAUUAAUGAUAAAAUGAAAGGUUUCUACAGGAGCAAAUGCACAGAAGUCCAUGGAUCUGUUCAGCAUGCUGCCGUGACGCAAUUCGAACCUACUGAUGCAAGACGUUGCUUUCCAUGCUGGGACGAACCAGCCCACAAAGCCACAUUCGCCAUUACCUUGGAAGUAUCCAAUGCUGAGACAAUUCUUUCCAACAUGCCCGUGAAGAAACUAGAAAAAAAGGACGAAGUAGCCAUCGUGGAAUUUGAAGUUACGCCGAUAAUGUCAACAUACCUGGUGGCUUUUGUGGUUGGAGAUUUUGAUCACAUUCAAGAGAAAACAAGUGAUAACGUUCUCGUCAGAGUGUACACUCCAAAAGGACAAAAGGAACAUGGAGAAUUUGCUCUUCAAGUAGCCAAGAAAGUUUUACCUUAUUACAAUAACUACUUUGGUAUCUCGUAUCCUUUACCGAAAAUAGAUUUAGUAGCAAUUGCUGAUUUUUCGUCUGGCGCCAUGGAAAAUUGGGGUUUAGUCACUUAUCGAGAAGUUUGCCUCCUGGUGGAUCCGGAGAAUACAUCUACAGUACACAAACAAUACAUUGCUCUGGUAGUAGCACACGAGCUGGCACAUCAAUGGUUUGGUAAUCUCGUAACAAUGGAAUGGUGGACACAUUUAUGGCUAAACGAAGGUUACGCCUCCUUCGUCGAGUUCCUCUGCGUAGCACAUCUCUUUCCUGAGUACGAUAUCUGGAGUCAAUUCGUAACAGACACCUAUAUUAGCGCUUUGGAAUUAGAUGCCCUGAAGAACAGUCAUCCAAUUGAAGUUCCCGUAGGACAUCCUUCCGAGAUCGACGAAAUCUUCGACGAUAUAUCUUAUCACAAAGGUGCGAGUGUCAUCCGAAUGUUACACUCGUACAUCGGCGACGAAGACUUUCGCAAGGGUAUGAAACUCUACUUGACACGUCAUAGCUAUUCAAACGCUGAAACUGAAGAUCUCUGGGCUGCCUUGGAGGAGUCCUGUAAGAAACCAGUACGCGCUGUCAUGUCCAGCUGGACCAAACAGCAAGGAUUCCCUGUACUAAAGGUAGAGCAACGUCAAGAUGGAGAUGACCGAGUUCUGAACUUGUCGCAGGAAAGGUUUCUGGCUGAUGGAUCCGUAGACGAAGAAAAGAGUCUAUGGAUGAUCCCCGUGAGCGUGAGCACAUCUCGAGCACCAGGCCAAGUAGCGUUUAGUGAGAUAAUGAAUGAACGUACCAAGGAGAUUACCAUAAAGAACGUGCCAGAAGGUACCUGGCUCAAGAUCAAUCCAGGAACAAUAGGAUUCUACAGGACUCGGUACAGUCCCGAGGACCUUUCGCUUCUGUUACCAGCAGUGAAGGAUCGAAGCCUUCCACCUCUCGACCGGCUGGGACUCCUAGAUGAUCUUUUCGCCAUGGUUCAGGCUGGACACACAUCCACCGUAGAAGUCCUCCGCCUAAUGCAGGCCUUCAAAGAUGAGGACAAUUACACAGUGUGGUCAAGCAUCGUCAACAUCAUGGGUAAACUCGACGUUUUAGUUUCGUCCCAUGAAGAUUCUCACGAGUCCUUUAAAGCCUUCGGUCGUUCACUGAUGCGCACAGUGAGUAAGCGACUUGGCUGGAAUCCUAAAUCCGGUGAAAACCACCUAGACACCCUCUUGAGAUCCUUGGCCUUAGGGCGCAUGGCUGCUCUUAAUGAUAAGGCUACCAUCGAGGAAGCAAAGGUACGUUUCGAUGCUUACGUAUCUCAAGGGAAAACACUCCCAGCGGAUCUACGCAGUCCUGUCUACAGGGCGAUCCUCUCCGUCGGCGAUAUCACGACCUACGAGACAAUGUUAAAGCUCUAUCGAGAGGCGACUCUACACGAGGAAAAGGAUAGAAUACUAAGAUCUUUAGGUGCCCUGAAGGACGAGGCUUUACUAGUCAAGGUCCUUGAAUUCGCCAUGAGCGACGAAGUGCGCGCUCAGGAUACCGUUUUCUCCAUUAUGUCUGUUGCCAUGAACUACAGAGGUCGUCAGCUCGCUUGGCGCUUCUUCAAGGACAACUGGAAAAAACUCAUGGAUCGUUAUGAAGGUGCUUUCUUACUUACUCGACUCGUCAAGUUCACUACAGAAAACUUUGUAACGGAGGAGGCGGCGCGCGACGUGGAAGACUUCUUCGCCAAGCAUCCUAUACCUGGUACUGAGAGAACGGUUCAGCAAAGCGUCGAAACUAUUCGCCUUAAUGCCGCCUGGCAUGCAAGGGACAUGGAAGCCAUCAAGAAUUUCUUGGCCUCGCAAAAGUAUGAGGAAGAAUAAAUAUAGCAGUAAGAACAACAAUGGGAAAAUAAUAGAAUAAUGUGCAUACUUUGAUAUUCGUGAGAUUCUUAAUUCUCUAGAGAGAACGAGUCACAAUAAAUGUUUUGGUGUGUUCUCAAACCACACUCAUUAACGUGCGAUAUAGAUAUGCAUAUACAUUCAGAACAAUUUGAAAAAUAUACUUAUUACAUGCUUAAUAAGCACA